CUUUCUCUCCUACCUUGAAAAAGGCGGAGAAACUCUACGAACUUCCCGUCUUUCUCUCGCUUCACCCAUGCCUCCGAUCUCAUAUCCACCGCCGCCACGGCGGAGGCUCGCCGCCUCCGCCACCGCCCUCUGCCUCUUAGUCCUCCUCCUCCCAACCCCUCUCCCUUCCGCCGCCGCCCAACCGGCUUCCACUCCGCCGAGCGACGAGUCCUCGUCCUCCAACCCGGCGUACGGCAGCUUCAAUCCCUCCGUUGGCCUCGUCAUGGUCGUCAUCAUCGUCAUCCUCUUCCUCCUCGCUUCCUUCUCCGCCUACGUCCUCAACUGCUCCCCGGCCCCCGAGGGCUCCAUCGGCCGCGCGGUCCGCUCGCUCCGCCGCCUCGGCGCACCCCGCGGCCUCGACCCUGCCGUCCUCGAGACCUUCCCGACCGCCGUCUACUCCGCCGUGAAAGGGCACAAGGUCGGCGAGGCUUCGCUGGAGUGCGCCGUGUGCCUGAACGACUUCGAGGACGACGACACGCUCCGCCUGAUCCCCAAGUGCGACCACGCGUUCCACCCCGACUGCAUCGGCGAGUGGCUCGCCUCCCACACCACCUGCCCCGUCUGCCGCGCCGACCUCGCGUCGCAGCCGGCCGGCGACUGGGAAAGUCAACAGCCCGAGUCAGGCACGGAGAUGCCGCGGGUCGAGGUGAAUCCGGCUGACGGCGGCGUGUCAGAGAGGAGCCCACGAGAAGGAGGACGAGAGCAAAUCCAGCAGCCGCCUUCGCCGCCACCAGAUCUAUGGGACAAGAACGAGAGUGGCAGCUUCAAUAACCGCAACCGAACACGUGGCUCGGGCAGGAUCCGCAGGUUUCCGCGUUCUCACUCGACCGGGCACUCGCUAGUCCGGCCGGGCGAGGACACGGAGCGUUUCACCCUGAGGCUGCCCGCCGAGGUGAGGAAGCAAUUGAUGAACAGGCCCGGGCCCUUCUUUCCCCAAGAAGGUUCGUCGAGGCGAGGAUACCGGUUUGGAGGCGAAGGGAGCAGCCGAGGAAGGUACUUCAGGAGACCGGACCGUCUGGACGGGGCGGCCAAAUCGGACAGGUGGGCUUUCAAUAGGAUGCCGUCCUUCCUUGUGCGCAUGUCAUCAGCCCUCUCGCCGAGAGUGGCUGCCGACGGCGGCGGAGGGUCCUCUCGUGCUUCAGUGCAACAGGCUCGACCAGCCAUUUAGUGCGGAAAUUACUUUGCGUCCAAAAAG